AUUACAAAGGAGAACUGAGUGGGUAGACUGACAGCCCUACUGCCUCCUCCAGGAACUGAAAGAGAAAUGACAUAAACCAGGGAAAAGGAAAAAGAGAGAGAGAGAGAGAAAUAACUGGAAAUCUCAGCUUGCUUGCUUGCUUGCCUGUCUAUUAACGGAAAGAAAAAGCAGCACACAAGAUACAUCUUUUCCUUUGUAUUAGCCUGCAGACAGCAGUAUUUGUUUGUUAUAAGACUCAAGAAGGAGAUAGUGUGUGGUGUGAUUCUUCUCUGAGCCAGGCAAAGGGUUGUUGAAGCAUCAUCUGUACUAGGAGUGAAAGACGAGAGAGAGAAAAAGAGAUACGCAGCCCAUCUUAUACAAAUGUUUUUCUGUCCAGAAGACAUUUCAGAACACAAGCACAGUCAAACAUAUCAUAAUCGAAUUCUGGGCUACAUUAUUAAAAAUCUAUGCAAUCAACAUUUCGUAAAGUGACUCUCAAUCUCUAAUUGAAUAGUCCUGAAGCACUGCUAACAUCCAAGUCAAAAGUACAACACAGUAGGCACUUAAGUGCAAGAAAUUUGAGAUCAGCAGAUUCAACAAAAGGUAUAGAAGAAUUACAGUUUAAAAGGAAAUCAAGUCAUUAAUCCUCUAAAACUGGAGGCACUUGGUAAGUUGACUGAACCACACAGACCCUUUCUCAGCCAUGGCCUAGUUACUUAAAAUAUACCAGGAAUGAAGGCAAGUGGAAACACUAUUUAAAGAUAAUGUACAAAGAUAUCAGAUUUGGUAGUAACAUUUUAUUUCAUCUGGGAACAUUUCAUUUUGUCAGAAGAAAUAUGUGAUAUCACCUGGGAAAUGAUGCACAUCAAACCUUUAUGCUAUGAAAAAUGUUUGCAGGAAGAAAAAAAUCUUCACUAAUGCGAUGCUCUGUUAUCAGUGCUUGAAUUAUGCAUCAAUCCACAGAUACUUCUAGUUAUGUUCCUGUCUGGAGAAAUGCAGCAGUCAUUAUAAAUUGUUAAACAGGCUGUUUUAAAAGCUGCUCCCAAGCAAAUAUAUGCUUUUGCGUUCAAGAUGGAUUUUAAAAUAUUUAAUCCUAAGUAGCUAAAAAGCACAUGAAAAACUUGAGGGGAAAAAUGAGACUGCUUCAAAUUAAUUUCUUUAUUGGCAUGGCUACUGCCAUAGCCCUUCAAGUAGUACCAUGGAAGGUAAAAUGCCCCCAGCAGUGUGUUUGUCAAAUAAGACCUUGGUACACACCAAAGUCUGCAUAUAGAGAAGCACCGACUGUUGACUGCAAUGAUUUACUGGCUAUAAAAGUCCCUGUAAAUUUGCCAAGUGAAACUCAGACAUUGCUGCUUCAAAGCAACAACAUUGCAAAGAUUAACCAAGCUGAUGUGGACUAUCUGAAGAACCUGUUGGAGCUAGAUUUAUCCCAGAAUAGCUUCUCCAGUAUUCAUGACUUUGGUAUCAGGAAUAUGCCACAACUCCUGAGUCUUCACCUGGAAGAAAACCAGCUGAAGGAAUUAUCUGAGAGCUGCUUUUCUGGGCUGCCUCAGCUCCAAGAACUGUAUCUGAAUCAUAACCAACUAAAGGCAAUCUCUCCUCGAGCUUUUACAGGACUUGGCAACCUUUUAAGGCUACACCUUAAUUCUAAUCUCUUGUGGGUGAUUGACAGCCGCUGGUUUGAAGAACUGCAAAGCCUGGAAAUACUUAUGAUUGGAGAAAAUCCUGUGUUUUCCAUUUUAGACAUGAACUUUCGACCAUUAACCAAUCUGAGAAGUCUUGUUCUUGCUGGAAUGAACUUAAAGGAGAUUUCUGAUUAUGCUUUAUAUGGUCUAAUGAACUUAGAAAGCCUCUCUUUUUAUGAUAAUAAAUUGGUUAAAGUGCCAAAGGAAGCUCUUCAGAAGGUCCCCGGCCUGAAAUUUCUGGAUUUAAAUAAGAAUCCAAUACAAAGAAUUCAGCAGAAUGAUUUUGCAAACAUGUUACAUCUCAAGGAACUUGGCAUAAAUAAUAUGGAUGAACUAGUUUCUAUCGACCAGUAUGCUCUAAGCAACCUUCCAGAGCUAACCAAACUGGAAGUGACCAACAACCCCAAACUAUCCUUUAUCCACCCAAAUGCAUUCCAUAUGUUGCCACAGAUGGAAACUCUUAUGUUAAACAACAAUGCACUUAGUGCCUUACAUAAACAGACUGUGGAGUCACUUCCUAAUUUACAAGAAAUUAGUAUCCACAGUAAUCCCAUCCAGUGUGACUGCAUCUUACGUUGGGUCAAUACAACAGAAAAUCAUAUCAGAUUCAUGGAACCACAGUCUACUCUAUGUGCUGACCCUCCAGACCUGAAGCACAGACAUGUUCGUGAAGUUCCCUUUAGGGAAAUGACAGACAGAUGUCUACCACUAAUAUCAGUGAAUAGCUUUCCUCCCCACUUAGACGCAGAAAUGGGUGAGACCCUCUCAUUUCACUGCAGGGCCCUUGCAGAACCCGAACCUCAAAUCUACUGGGUAACUCCUUCAGGGUUCAAAAUUUUGCCUUUCUCAUACUACGGGAAAUACAAGGUUCACCCAGAAGGGACAUUAGAAAUUCGGAACAUUACUAUCAGGGAAGGUGGAGUGUAUACUUGUGUAGCCCACAACUUGAUAGGUGCUGACACAAAAAGUGUCACUGUCAAAGUAAAUGGAAAGCUUCCCAUUGGAGAAGACAGUAUCAGGUUUUAUACAGAAGAGGUUCAGGCAUACCAUGCCCUUGUAUCAUGGAAACUUAACUUAAAUACUGUAUCAACUAAUCUUACCUGGUGGGGCCUCACAGACAGUACUACCUAUGAUAGUACAAAUAUGGCCAGAGUUCCAACAGGUACCAGUAUGUACAAUAUAACAAGGCUUCAGCCAUCUACCGAUUAUGUGGCUUGUUUGCAUGUGGCUUACAUCAACUUACAGAUGAAGGUUUCUUGUGUUAGUAUAAGGACUGUGGAAGUUACUUUUCAACACAGCAUUAAAGAAGCUGGAAAAAGUGUCAUCAUAGUUGGAGCUUUUUGCAUCUCACUUCUAGCAGUGACCAUUGUAUUCCUCUGCAGCUUUGGGUUUUUAAGAACACAAUACUGCUUCUACAAACAGUUGCAACAGCAGAGCAAAGAACCCAUGCAGGAUAGUUUGACCUGUUCAGUACAGGAUAUUUACCCCUCAUUUGUUAAACCCUCAAUGACAGGCAUGAAUAUUAGCCAGGGAAUAGGGAUUGAAGUAAAGACUACAACCCUGGAUUCAUGAGUGGACGGCUGAGAUAAUUAGAACAUGAAACUCAGCGUCUGUGUAUUCCUAAGACAAUGUGAAAGAGAUGUCAGCAAAGUAAUUAGGGCUUUUUGUAUGUAUCCUGUCUGCUGCAUAAAAUCUUAAAUGAGCUAACAACAUUUAUAAGAUUCAUGACAGAGGAAAGCCAAUCCCAUUAUAGUUAGGAGAAGUAAAAAAAGUAAACAAUUCUGAACUCCAACUGUUGAAUCAUAUAGCUACUUAUUAUGGAAAGACAUGACUAAAAAAAGAAAGAGACUUUUUCAUCUGCAAAAUUGCCUGUAGUGCAGGAUCUGGAAGGAAAUAUUCCAUCUAACCAGGCACUGUUGUUUAGCACUAUGACAAUGAAUGCAAAGCCUGAAAAAAUAUUACAGGAUACAUCAAGAAAAUUUAAUAAAUUCCCAAGAUAUUACUUGGCAACUAAUACAUUCUGCAGCUUUUACUGGAAACCUGUUUUCUAGGACGUUGUGCAUAAGUGUUGAAAUGAAGUUCCUCUUCUGUUACUCUUUGUAUGUCCUUUGUAUAAAUGUGUACAGGUAAAAAAUAUAGUUAAAACAUGGCUUUACAAAAAAAAAGAGAGUAACUCUCUUUCAGGGUGAUUUUAUGAAUGCUGUUUCUUCAUCAUCACAACUUGCAAUUGUACAUCUGGAUCCACAGAGAAAUCACUGUAAAGCAUAAUGAGAAAUAACAUUUUAUUCUUGUUCACCUUUACCUGGCUGCGCAGCAAAUAUAUGUAUGUAUAUAUAGAUAGAUAGAUGCAUACAUAUACAGCAGUGGGUAAGGUCUUCAGAAUUAUUUUACCAGGAUUUUUAGCAAGCAAGAUCUCUGCAAAUCUUUCUCUGAAUAAAGAGUUUGUUUUUGUUUGUUGGUUUUCUUAAUAACCUGAUGUGCAAUUUCUGUGCUAGUCUUGAUGUAAGAGACAGAUUCUGUCUGGAGAAGAGCAAAGUAAUUACAUCUGACAUGCAUUUUGUACAAAAGUGUAAUCAAGGCAAAGUAAAGUGCUGGUGCCCUUAAUGUGGUCACCUGUCUGAAGAUGAGAGUAGUAGUGACGCUUACAGUUUCAGGAAAAGGUUGCACAUCUUAGUAUGACCAGUUGUAUGACUGCCAACAUUUUCUAUAAUACAGUUGUUCAACAUUCUAAAAUAUUAUAUUUGAAGACCA